UGAAAAAUUCUCGAGUUUGGACAAACUUAAAAAUCCAUUUUUCAGAUAAUUUGUUGCUUUGCCUAUUAAUAUAGUUUUUUUUUUUUUUGAAUAACCUAUUAAUAUAGUUUAUGACAUUAUAAUUUCUAUAUAUUUGAUUUGAAUUUUAUUUGUUGGAUAUAAUUAAUUUUCCUUAAAAAAAAAUUAGAGUUAUCGUGCAUGAUACGGACUUUAAGCUAUUCAAAACUAAUCUUGAGUUUAAUACCAAAAAUUGGAACAAUUUGGUCCAAUUUCGUUUCUAGACCCGCCGGUUCUUAACCGGUUCAUAUUCCAAUUUCGGGUCCCCGGAUUUUUUGCUCACCCCAGCCCUAUCUGCACACAUUCAUGUACACUUGAUGAGUUGAUGGCGGAGGUCCAACUACUAGUAAGUCAGGUAACUCACGUGAAUCUCUCUCUCUCUCUCAACCGUUAUCCUGUCUGCUUUCUUCUUUCUCGCGCGUUAUACUAAUCCCAGUACUCCAGCAGGACCAAAAAUUGUAGUGUUUCAGUCUCCAAAUAGUGAUGUUUCCUAGAAUCUUUUUAUUCAUUUUCGGAUUGGGUCACAUUAUAUUGGCUUUGUGUACCUGAGCUUGUGUUUACAAAAAGAGUGGAAAGAGAUAGCGUGUCUGUGUACGUUAUUAGCCUGUGAACUUACCUGAUGUUUAAAAGGUCACUAAUUAGGAAUCCGAAGGCUAAAGGCUUCAGGGUACAGCAUGCUAUCCAAACAUGUUUGCUGACUAUAUUCAGUAUCUGGAUAGUAUAUGAGCUUAAGCUCCUCCUGGUCAAUGUUAACAGUAGAAAGACUGGUCUUAUUUCCUCUGAUGAUUCGGAGAAUAAGCCAAAGUACAUGCCUAAUAAACAAUCAAAGCUGACAAGAAAAAGCCUUAUUCGAGUUGAAACUGUAGUUGCCAGUUUUCAAAGUGAUAAGGAUGAAGAAAAAGAAAGGAGUUCCGAGAAAAGUAAGGACGAGAAGUGGGAUGAUGGAGAAAAGGAGAAAGCAGAAAUGAAGAUGGAAAUGUCGAAUCAUGAGAUUGGUGAAGAGGCUGAGACUGCGAAUCAGAAAAAUGGAAUCUACACAGCAGAGGAUAUCAAGGAACAGUCAGCAUUGACAUUUGCAAGAGGAAGGGAUGAAUUCGAGUCUUUUGAGUAUUCUGAAUCAGCUUUUGACCAAGAUGGAAAAGAUGAUAGUUUCAAUCUGGAAGUCAUGGAAGAAACCAACAGAAUAAAAAAUAUUCCUCAAGAGGAAGCUGAUCAGUGACAGAAUGGAAGUAAUUUGGUAAUUACAGCAUUGUGCCUUCCUUUUUUCUUCAAUUGCUAAUAUAUUCGUGCUUGUUAUUCAAUAGGAUUCAGUCUCAUUAGAAACUGUUGAGUUUUAAUAGUUCAGAGAAGUGAAUGACCAAUCAAGUAUAAUAUAUAUCCUAAAGAUUUCUAAUAAAAUGUAUAUCAUAUGUAUGUAUUCAGUCAUUCAGCAUAAACUCCUACUGACUGUACGUCUAUCAAAUCUGUGUUUCUCAAUUGUUAAAAUAAUUACUUCGAACAUGGAAAAAAAAUCAUGGUACCAUUUGACUGCUGA